AUGAGCACCAGUUUGAUGAUCAGAUUUGACGAUCGGAGGCAGGAUUUUUGUGCCCAAGACAGGCGAGUAUCACCCAUGAAGGGUGUGAUGAGGUUCGGAAUGAAGGGUAAGCGUAGUCCUAGGUUCAUCGGACCUUUUGAAAUUUUGAGCCGAGUUGGAGAGGUGGCUUAUCAGUUGGUAUUGCCAUCUGGUUUGUCAACACUUCAUCCUGUUUUCCAUGUUUCAAUGCAUCGAAAGUAUAUUCCGGAUGGAUCUCAUGUGAUUUCACUUUAUUAUGAGGAGACGGGUCCCGACUUGACAUAUGAAGAGGAGUCUAUAGCUAUAUUAGAUAGGUAA